GUGGAGCAGGCGGAGCCUGGGCGAGUCACGUGGGCGGAGCGUGCUCAGUGCGGCUGCGCCGGCCGGUAGCUGCAGCUGAAGCGGCGGCGUUUGGAAGCGACACGAAACUGGAUGGCUUCUACAGGGAGCCAGGCCUCUGAUAUAGACGAGAUUUUUGGAUUCUUCAGUGAUGGCGCACCCCCCACCAAAAAGCCCAGGAAGCUGCUUCCAAGCCUAAAAACUAAGAAGCCUCGGGAACUCGUGCUGGUUAUUGGCACAGGCAUCAGUGCUGCUGUUGCCCCUCAGGUUCCAGCCCUGAAAUCCUGGAAGGGGUUGAUCCAGGCCUUGCUGGACGCUGCCAUCGAUUUUGAUCUUCUAGAAGAUGAGGAGAGCAAAAAGUUUCAGAAGUGUCUCCAUGAAGACAAGAACCUUGUCCAUGUUGCCCAUGACCUUAUCCAGAAACUCUCUCCUCGCACCAGUAAUGUUCGAUCCACAUUUUUCAAAGACUGUUUAUAUGAAGUAUUUGAUGACUUGGAGUCAAAGAUGGAAGAUUCUGGAAAACAGCUACUUCAGUCAGUUCUCCACUUGAUGGAAAAUGGAGCCCUUGUAUUAACUACAAAUUUUGAUAAUCUCCUGGAACUGUAUGCAGCAGACCAGGGGAAACAACUCGAAUCCCUUGACCUUACUGAUGAGAAAAAGGUCCUCGAGUGGGCUCAGGAGAAGAGGAAACUGAGUGUGCUGCACAUCCAUGGGGUCUACACCAACCCUAGUGGCAUUGUCCUUCAUCCAGCAGGAUAUCAGAAUGUGCUCAGGAACACUGAAGUUAUGAGAGAGAUUCAGAAACUGUAUGAAAACAAGUCAUUUCUUUUCUUGGGCUGUGGCUGGACUGUGGAUGACACCACUUUCCAGGCCCUUUUCCUGGAGGCUGUGAAGCAUAAAUCUGACUUAGAACAUUUCAUGCUGGUCCGGAGAGGAGAUGUAGAUGAGUUCAAGAAGCUUCGAGAAAACAUGCUAGACAAAGGUAUCAAGGUUAUCUCCUAUGGAAAUGACUAUGCUGAUCUCCCAGAGUAUUUCAAGCGACUGACACGUGAGAUCUCCACCAGGGGUAGAUCAGGGAUGGUGAGAGAAGGUCAGCUAAAUGGCUCCUCUGCAGCGCACAGUGAAAUAAGAGGCUGUAGUACAUGAGCAAGCUAGAGAAAUCACCACUGUUAGACCAAGCUAUAAGGCUCUACUGUGGACAGUGUUUAACAACUUACAAGAACCCAGCACAGCUCCCAGGAAGUACCAAUACCCAGAGGUUGAAGGUUGGAGAUAAGAGUGGGGUGGGGGGAAUGUUCCAACCUAAUCCUUCAUGGUUCCUGAUUUCUGCUGCCGGUUCCAGUUCAAGAACAUCCAAGCAACAACAGAACCCAAAUUCCACCCCCCACUUCACUCCCCAGGCUGGGCAUGCUGUGUCUACAUGGCAGAUCAGUGUGACACCUCCACCAUGAGUGGCUGCAACUCUGCAAGGACUUGGAUGUGGGUGCCAGGGGUCCCCACGGCUGUUGUCACAGUUUUGUAUUCUGUACUUGGGUUUUUCAAUUGAGCAUAAUGGCUUUUUUAAAACAUGACUUGAAGCUCUAGUUUUCUAGAUCUUUUACAGUACAUAGUAUUUUACAUAACUGAGCUGUAUUAAAAGCUUGUUCAUUUACUUGCCAGGGCCUUGAUUCUAUUUUUAGAGUCAUUGUAGAAAACUCUGACUUAC